AGUUUUAAAAAAUGCACUAUAAAAAUCUAUUACAUGCGUAAACAGAAUAACACUAAUCCGUCGGUAUAAAAAAUAUUAUGUCCAAAUUCUUGUACAAACGCACGCAGUCGACUCGCUGUCGAACAUUUUACUUUUGGCAUUUUUAUAUUAAAUUGUUAAAAAAAAUUAACUAGAGUAAUAAAACGGUGUUAACGACGACAAAACUCGUACUGAACGUCGAACGAUAUCAUCGGACGUCAAUUUUACCGAUUUAAGAUUAUUUAACAGGAAAUGCGUGUAGAGGUUACUCAAACCUUGUCCGAUAAUGGCGAUAAGCCGAUAAUAUAAUACGAAUUACGAGUACCUACUUAUUAAUCUAGCAUUAAAAUCCCAGCCCUAGUUAAUUUAUUUAAAAGCCAUGCUGGUGUAAAAAUCUUAAAAGAAAAUUUCAAAUUCAUACACUUGGUUUCCAAAAACUCAAAUAAUGCUCCAAAAACUCUAAAAUGCCCUAAAAAUUAAGAAAAUGACCUAAAAACUAAAAAAUGCAAAAAAAUGCAAAAUAAACUUUCUUAUUCUCAUUCAAAUGUACAUUAAACAAAUUUGUGACAAGACGAGCAUUGCACAGUAAGCUUUGGAAAACAAUGCAAAGUGCAUCGAAAUCCCAGCCCUAGUAAUGUGUAUCCCUCUACAUCGUGUUUUAUUGUUAUCACUUAUCAUUAAGUCAGUGGGCGGCGGGUGUACAAGUGACGUUUAGUACUAGCAAUUGAUAGCCGAUGCCAUCGGUGAAAAAGCGUCGCUCGACGCUCACUGAUAAUGAAAUAAAGCUAACCUAUAAACACGUAUCUCGGUGAACUAGCUGCAGCCGAACAGCAGCUCCGUCUAGCGUACGCGAUUCGUUUUCGUCAUUCCGCAUUAUUGGCGUCUGCACCUACCUUCUGCGCGUCUUGUCGGUAAGAUUUAUUAUAAUAACAAUAUGUUAACAUUGUCAUUUUUAUUAUUCUCUACCAUUUCACUUGUUCGCAAGUCACACGAUAUUCGUUUUUACGUUACACUCGUUUCUCAACGUACAACGAAUGAUUGAAAACCCGGUGGCCGUCGGGCUAAUUACUCAACCGUAGGUACAUGAUAUCGAUUAGUCGCCGUCUACCGCUACACGUCAGUCGUUUGGUUUCCCCAUCUCCGAUCAAGUCUCAACACUGUCGUCAGAACACUCCAUCAACCACUUACCUGACCCUAAAAAAAUUCAGAUUUUAAAACGAAUUAAAUAUUUUCAAACAAUUAAGAUGAUGGAUUUUACUGAAGAUAAUGAAGAAUAUUAUUAUUCUAUAAUUGAAGACAUUAAUGAACCACACUGCUCAAAUAAUAUUAAUGCAUCACUGCAGCAAAUGGAAGUUGUUGAUAUUAAUCCUACAACAAUAAUCCAGGAUAAGGAUACACAUGCAAUUUCUAAAGAUAAUUCAUCGGAAAUAAAUCAGUUGGAAAUAACUACAGGCAUCGACAAUAAAAAUAGUACCCAAGAAAAUACAUCAACGAUUGAUCUCUGUUCCAGUGAUGAUGAAGAUAUGAAUAUUGGCCAAUUAACAUAUAAUCCGGUUGUCAAAUUAGAUACUAUCAAAUUGGUAAAAAGGCCUAAAAAUGUUAAAAAAAUUCUUCCUAAACAUAGGAAAAAAACAGAAAAAACGAUUAACUUUUUAACUGGCCAGAGGGAAAAUGAUGUUGUAAAUUCAAAUAUUAAACUCAAUGGGUAUGAUUUACGUAUGAGAGAUAUAAUAACGUUACUUACACCUAAAUCCUGGUUAAAUGAUGUUAUUAUACUGAAUUAUAUUUCACUAUUGGUCAGGAAUUGUGAAGAUACAUUGAUAAUAUCCACAGAUACUUGGGUAGAUUUUGGACGUAGAAAGCAUGAAACAGUUAAAAGAUGGGCCAAAAAAAAUAAUUUAUAUGAUUACAAAAAAAUUGUCAUCCCAAUUAACCCAAAUAAAAACCAUUGGGCAUUAUUUGUGGUUGAUAUUUGGGAAGGAGUCAUACAUUCUUUUGAUAGUUUCAAUAAAACUCAUAUAAAGGAAUAUAAUAUAGUAUCUGAAUUUUUAAUUCUGGCAUAUAAUUACUCAAUAAAAAAACCAGGUGAGGAGAGGACCAUGCCUAAUUGGAAAUAUCAAAUUGAAAAUUCUCCCCAACAAAAAAAUACUUACGAUUGUGGCAUUUUUACAUGUACAAACGCGAGAUAUUUUUUAUUCGCGAAAAAACUUGAAUUCACACAGCCAGAUUGUCAACUUUUACGAAAAAGAAUUGCCUAUGAACUUAUUCACAAUGAACUUAUUCAGGAUCAGUCAACUAAUCUUUAAAUUAUUAUUUUAAUAACCGUCAUUGUUAAUACAUACUAUAUGGUGUAUUUUUAUAUAAUGUAAAUUUGAAUUGUUAAAACAUCAUUAUGAUUAUUAAUUUUGUACCCAGUUGAGAGGCACAAGCCAGAGUAAUAAUUUUUUUUUUGCUUUUGUACAUAUAUCCAUAUAGAUUUUAACCAAUAUCAAUCAAACUCAAGUUUUUCAAUUAUUUGUGAUGUCUUAUUAUAAUAAUACAUUGUAAUGUUGACCGUAUUUAUAUUUAAAACUGAACAAUUUUAUUUUUGCAAUAUAUUGAAGGGUUUUAGUCUGUCACAAAUGUAACUUAUAAGACUGAACAAUAACUUUAAUACAACGGAUGUAAGUGCCUCUUGUGAUUUUUAAUCUAGAGACACUUAUCAUCACAAACUAACUGAACAAUUAUUUCAAUAUCAGUAUUGUGAUACUGUGAACUAAAAUCUAUUUAAUACAAACUUCCAGUCAUUCCAUGAUUCCUACAUAAUUGGUCAUGGUAAAAUGGUUUAUGUGUAUAUAUGUAACUGUGUAAUUUUUAUUUUAUCAUAUAAUAUUAGGUUUUAUUGUAAUUACCUAUUGUGUAUUUAUUUAUGUUUAAAUGUUUUUUUUUAUUCUGUUAGUUUGUUACAUCUAUUGUAUUUAGGUACCAUUAUUAUUAUAUAGUUAUCGAGUAACAUUUAAUGGAAAUCAAAAAUGUAAUUAGUGUGAAAAAAAUAAUAAUAUUAGGUAGGUAGUAGUAGUAGUAGUAGUAAAUAACAACAUUAUGUUUAUAAUUAAAAGUACAAUUUAUCAUUUAUAAUAUCUGAUUAAUAUAAUACAUGUGAUUGCAAGAAAACGAGUUUGUAUAUUUAUGUUUAUUUUCUACAAUAUUAAUGUAUAGUUUUAAUUCAUAAUAAUAAAAAAUGAAAUUAUGAUUGAUAGUCCAACA